CGUUGUUAUAUAUGUAUUGUAUAUGUACCUAUCAUAUGGAUCUGUGCUAUUAUUGUUAUUGCAUGUAGUCUUCUGUCUCUAGUGUGUCCGGAUUAAACACGCUGGAUAGUUUUAAACGGUGUGGCCGCACGGUGAUGUCACGCAGUGGUGAUGUGUUGGUGACUGUUGUAGAUCAUCACGAUCAUGUUGAAAUUCUUUUACGUACGUACGUACAAUAGCCUAAAAUUCUCAUAAAUUGCGCAAUCCGUCCAGAAAAGUUGGUGCAAAUCGUGUUUACCUUUUCGUGCUAUAUCAAAUUCUUCCUUUUAAAACCCGAAGUUCCUAGUUGCGGUGGAUGUCUGUGUGCAUCUUGCGUGGUCGAGUCGUCGUUUGCUUUUGGAUUAAUUCGUCAAAACCGACGGCCACCGUUGCAGAAAAACGUGGAUGAUGAAGUUUUCUGUGGAAAUAUUCUGAAAUGAAGAAGUUAGGUCGUCAAGUUCGUCGUAAUUAACUGAGCAUAGAAGAUACAUGCCAGCACGAUGGCACCUUUAGAUACACUCGAAUUUUUAAUUUUCUCAAGAUAAGAUAAUUUUAUGACAAUUUGUGUUCAAAAAAUGGCCACAACAGCCCGAAGACGAGAUCCCGAUGAUGAUAUUGCUGCGAUAGCUAAACAAAUUUCAGACCAAGCAGAAGCGAUCUAUCAAAAUUGGAAAUCAAGGGGUCUAGCUCCGGCAGAAUUAAUCACGUGUCAUGCUGUCGGAGACACAACUAAAUUGGGAUCGAUGUUAAAACCACAGCCUCCAGCGAAACCUUCGAUAGAACUGUUGGCUCAGGCUCCUACAAUGGACAAUAAUCGUUUAGAAAAACUCGUUAAGAACUUCGUCGUAGAAGAUAAAGCUCGACUGGCAGCGAGAAACAAAGCAAUGCCUUCAAGUAUACAGUACGCUCUUCAAAAAUUCGAAAAAAAUACGCCGCAACCUGAGGCGAAUAAGAAAAAUACGCUCAAAUCUAACAAUUUUAAUUCUGAUGGCGUAAAGUCUCCCAUUAGUGUAUCGCCGGGCGAGGUUCACCCGACAAAACCAGCCAUCAGCCAGAAACCCCAAAUCUCUCCAAAGCCCCGUUUCGCCGAAACGAUCGAGUUUACACUGCCAGAAGACGCAAAUCCUCUCGGCUUACAAACAUGGCCUUUAAAAAAUCGGGUCAUCACAACUGACGCUGUCAAGAAGACCGCUUCCGAAGUGCGGUCGACGGAUUAUCAACCACAACUGCAAUUUAAUACGUUACCCAACAGGCAAACGACCAUCGAUGAAGUGACAAUUGAAGAGAAAAGGUUAAUUAACGCCCUCAAAAACGGAGUUCUCGUUAACGAACGGUCGUCCCACAAUAUCAACACGAGCAAAGAUCAAGACAAAGAAAAUAACACGAAAUGGGCCUUAAGGAGCGCGAGGAGAACGGAGCAGCAAGUACCACAUCCAGAACUCACGGUCAUCCAACGUCAACAUUUAAGACAGACAACUGCGAAUCCGAUAAGGCCUUUCCUAACACGAGGUUCGGUGGCGGAGAGGGUUUUGAUUUUCGAAAGAUGUCCUAGCGAUUUGCUUUUGGAUAAAAGAGUGCGCGCUCCACCAACACAACUAGUGAAACCUCAGUCAGUUAAAAUUCUAAUGCAGGCCCCACCGAAACAACAAUCGCUCCAACAUACCACCCUUCAAAGGCAUAUCCGUGCUCAUAGAAACGUUAAUAUACCGCGUUUUCAUUUUCCAACCGGCAAACCAGGCCCUCCAGGUCAGUUGGAUGUGGUGAAGAGCAAAAUGACGUCGACUUUUGCUAGCAUUGGUGAUCGAGCCACAAGGGAGCAUUUUGCUGCGAUCACCACGGCGUGUCAGUUGCCUCUAUACUGGAAGACACCCUUAUAUUUGGCGGCCUGUGCAGAUAAAGGGAGUUGUACGCAAGAACAAUUCAUCAACUUCUGGACGGGAAUGGCUAGCAAUUCGCACGAUGCAGCUUCUAGGUUUGUAUAUAUCUUAACUCGAGGUCGCCGAAAUUGGUUAGCCCCAGAAGACUUCAUACCGUUGAUACAAGACGUGGUUGAAACUCAUCCAGGAUUAACGUUUCUUAAGGAAGCUACGGAAUUUCAUUCUCGUUACGUGCAUACGGUUAUCGCUAGGAUUUAUUAUUGCGUCAACCGGUCUUGGUCUGGAAAGAUUACUAUUCCAGAACUCAGAAGAUCCAAUCUGUUGGGCGUCAUCCAGCUGUUGGAGGAAGAAGAAGAUAUUAAUCAAAUUACUCACUAUUUCAGUUAUGAACACUUCUAUGUGAUUUACUGCAAGUUUUGGGAACUAGAUCGUGAUCACGACUUGUUCAUAGACAAACAGGAUCUAACCAGGCAUAACGAUCACGCUCUUUCGACGAGAAUUAUAGAUCGCAUAUUCAGUGGUUGUGUGACACGGGGACAAAAAAGAUCACAGCAUGACGAGAAAAUGUCCUACACGGAAUUCGUAUGGUUCCUGCUAAGCGAGGAGGAUAAAAUACAUCCUACCGCUAUAGAAUAUUGGUUUCGUUGCAUGGACCUCGAUGGUGACGGUUACUUGUCAAUGUAUGAACUCGAAUACUUUUAUGAAGAGCAAAUGCAAAGAAUGGAAGCCAUCGGCAUCGAAACCUUACCCUUCCAAGACUGUCUGUGCCAAAUGUUGGACAUGGUUAAGCCCAAGUGCCCAGGAAAAAUCGCCCUAAGUGACUUAAAGAAAUGCAGAAUGACGUCGAUCUUUUUUGAUACAUUCUUUAAUCUAGAGAAAUAUUUGGACCACGAGCAACGAGACCCGUUUGCGUCGCAGAGAGACCACGAUAUCGAUGGGCAAGAGAUGUCCGAUUGGGACAGGUAUGCUGCAGAAGAGUAUGAAUUAUUGGUAGCGGAAGAAGGCGGAAAUGAUCAGCAAGACAGUCUCUCAUUCGAUGAAGGGACUGAGGACGACCUGCUUUCACAAAAUCUUGACACAGUGUUGGACGCCGAUCAGGAAGAAUCAUCAAAUGAUAGUGAUGAGUGCAGUAUUUAGCACACGUAGUUUGUUUUUACGUACCGUUUCUAGUCGUGAGACUCUAAAUUACGCCAUUAAAAACUAGUAUUGUUUAACAUAAGUUUAGUAUAAAACUUUCAAGCGCAAUUUGUAGCUCCCCCGGAAAUACAACCGUAAACGUUGUUGGGAAAAAUUUGAACGCGGUAUAAUUUUCUUACAUACAACAUCCUUCCCCGAUUUUAUUCUUUUGAUCAGGGCGAGAAGAAAUUUGCAUCCAAUAUUGUGUUAAACUACGUA